AUGGCAAGAGGUGCUCGGCCAUCUGCGCGGCUCCUGCUCCUCUCCCUGGGGCUUGUGCUCCUCUACUUCAGCUCAGGAAGCAGCGUUGGCGUCGCUGAUGCCCAGAAAACGUGGUGCGUGGCCAAGCCGUCGGCGUCCAACGAUAUCCUGUCUCUGAACCUCAACUACGCGUGCUCCCAGGUGAGCUGCGCCGUGAUCCAGAAGGGCGGGCCGUGCUACUACCCGGACAACCUGGUGUCGCGCGCCGCCGUGGCCAUGAACCUGUACUACGCCGCCAAUGGCAGGCACCCCUGGAACUGCUACUUCAACAACUCGGCGCUCGUGGUGCAGUCCGAUCCCAGCUAUGGCUCCUGCACCUACUACUGA